UACCCAGUUCACUUUGGAAAGCCAGACACACAACAAGCCUUGCAGCAAAAGCUAUCUUUCUGUGGCCUCAGUGGGUGUGAUGAGUCUCGUUGUGGGUCACUGCGACUCUCAUGAAGUACCUUAGCAGUCCCUGAAUUAAUUUCCUUGCUUGAAGUUGACAGAGAUUUUGCGGUAGGCUUGAUUGGGUUGAGAUUCGUGCUCCGUAUAGGACGUUUCUUCUGCAGAGGCACACAUCACAUCGUCCAUUUCACUGAAGGAAGGAGUCUAAGGGGAGCUGUUUCAAACCCGUAGAAGUCCGUGUUAAUUGUAGUGUUCUUGGUGUCUGUUUACCCAUGGUUGCGUCUCGAUGAAUGUUUAUCGAGUAAGGUGGGUUCAAGUUUUUUCUCACAACAGUGACAACGUCACCUGGCGAACAAGAUUUUCAAGAGCAUCUCUGUUUCAACGUGAGAAGAAAAGUGCAUGCAAGACUUCCUUCCAGGAAUUUGAGAAACCGAGCUCAGAACUUACCUUACAUUUCUUGCAACCAUUGUGUUCAAUUGUGCCACAUUAAAAAAUGGCGAGCUGGAGCUUGCUAGUUUUGGUGGUAUGGAUGGUGUUCGCGUGCGGCGUUGUGGCUGCAAGAAAUCCCAUGUUCUCGAUUCUUGACAAUCAAGGCGGCGGACGCGUGGGGCGGAGUGCUGGUGAUGAUGAUCACCCGACGUUGUCCGUGGUGGAUGCACGAGGUGGCGGCGAAGAGGAUGGUGCAGCAGGGGCGGUGAGAGCCGUGUUUGACCUUGCCUACCACGGCGGGGCGUUACUGUCCGAGUCGUCGAGCAUGAAUGUGUACAUUGUGUGGUACGGGAGGUUCAGCAGCGUGGCGCGAUCGGCAAUUGUGGAUUUCUUUGCGUCGUUUGGAGAGUCGGCGGAGGGGGACGCGAGCGUGAGCAGGUGGUGGAAGACGACGGCGGCGUACAAGGAUAAUGCGAGGAGGGGAGUGGCGGGGAGCGUGGAGCUGCGCGGCGAGGUGGACUUUGGGGAGUGCAGGCUGGGGCGGAGGCUGAGCCGGUGGGACUUGGAGCUGUUGGUGGUGGAGUCGCUGGGGUGGUUUCCGGCGGAUCCGAGGGGGGUGGUUGUGGUGCUGACGGCGGAGGACGUGAUGGUGGAGGGGAUGUGCAUGAAUUCGUGCGGGUCGCAUUCGUUUUUGGCUCCGUCGGCUGCGACGGGAGGGCAACAGGUGGCGUACGCGUGGGUGGGCGAUGCGGGGAAGCAGUGCCCGGGAAUGUGCGCAUGGCCGUUGGCGGGUGCGGAGUACGGCCCCGCGGAGUUCGUGCCUGUGGUGGCUCCGAACGGGGACGUGGGCGCGGAUGGGAUGAUCAUGAACAUCGGGAGCGUGCUGGCAGGCGCGGCGACGGAUCCUUACAUGAACGGGUGGUACCAGGGCGAUGUGGGCGCGGCUCUGGAGGCAGGGACGGCGUGCGCGGGGAUCUACGGGGAGGGGGCGUAUCCAGGGUACCCUGGGAAGCUGCAAGAGGAUGCGGUGUCGGGGGCGAGCUACAACGUGAGGGGAGUGGGGGAGAGGAAGUAUUUGCUGCCGGCGUUAUGGGACCCGGUGACGCGGACGUGCGCACCGCCGUCGUAGAGGAAGAGGAAGGGAAGGGAAGGGGGUGAGGAGAGGGAGGGAGGGUGCGCGUGGAGGUGGAGGUGGCGGUGUACAGAGAGAGGGAGGUGUGAAUAUAUGGGGUGGUCACGAUAGAUUCUUUUUUGGCGGCAAGAGAAGGUUGAAGGUGUAGCAUACACGAGAGACGGCAGUGACGAUGGAGGUACUACCAGAUGAUGUGUGCAAAGAAGAGAAAUAUAGAGAAAUGAAAAUGGCGCAAAGCUGAAGCAGCGAUGCAUGUUGUACAUACA